AUGCCUAAAUCAAAAUCAAGUUAUAUUAACGAUAAAUCAUCAAUAACGUCCAAAUCUUCAAUGACUUUCACAAAUUCGCAAGAUUCUUCGUUUCAAAAUUUAACGUCCUACCUUGCACCCUCUGUCACAGCCGAGCCAUAUAAACUAACCUUAUCACUUCACGACUUACUCUCUCCUAAAUUAAAAUCGAAUGGAUCACCGGCAAGACCGCAGAACGCAUACUCGUUAUUUCUAAAGGAUUACAUCGCAAUGAUUAAGCAACAAGGCCUUACCGUUAAUCAAGGUCAAAAAUUAACAAGGAAGGAGAUUUCAUAUCAUGCUAAUAAAUCAUGGAAUUCACAACCUUCACAGGUUACUCGAUUUUUUGAGAUACUAUCGAUGAGCGCCAAGGAAAUUCAUGAGUCUCUUUAUCCUGACCAUAAAUAUCGUCCAACCAGAAAACAUGGCAAGAAAAUAAAAAGAACGAAUGACGAAAAUAUAAAGGAAUUAAGGUCUAAUCAUACGAUAAAUAAUACGAUAAAUAAUAUACCAACAUCGGAUUUACUCCAUGCAAGCGUUGAUUCGUUUCCGAAUCUUGAUGUCGAUUUUGAAUUAUAUGAACCCAAGGAAGAAGAAAUAUAUUUCUCGUUAUUUCCAACGUCACUAGAUAAUUUAUAA